AUGUCUAGACCACCUGGGCAAAUCCCACCACGUCCUCCCCUUUCACGUCCUUCCCUUUCAAACUCGUUACCAACGGGUACUCCACGUCCUGGAACCAGUCAGACCCAAGGUGCAGUGCCUUCUGGUUCUUCAAAUAAUGGUAUUCCAAGACCUGGUGCUCCUCGUCCCCCAAUUCCACCAUAUCCUGGUGUUCAACCUCCAUCAUAUCUCCCAAAUUCGUCAAACCCUCCUCGCUCUUAUGGCUCUCCUUAUUCCUGUCUUUCUUCAACUUCGUCAACUCGUCCUUCUACCGAAGAAAAUCCCUAUUAUCCUGCGGAUGAGGCUGCUGACAAGCAUCGACAAGCAAAGGUUAUCGAGUACCUCGUCAAAAAAGGUUACAACCGAACUGAACAGAUGCUACGAUCUGAAUCUUCCAACCUUGAUAGAGAUGGAAAACCUAUUCAAGAACGUGCCGAGGACCUUGGUACAGCAAAAUAUGCAAAAGGUUUCCGAUUAUUGAGUAAUUGGAUCGAAUCUAACUUGGAUAUCUACAAGUUUGAGUUGCGCAGACUCCUUUGGCCCGUUUUUGUUUAUUCCUUUAUUGAGCUCAUCACAAAUAAUUAUACAACUGAUGGAAAGGCCUUUUUGAAUGAAUUCAAAGAUCAAUUCCAACAAGUCCACGCCGAUGAACUCACUACAUUUGAUACAAUCAGUUUACCACAACAAAUCAACGAUAAUACUAUCACCAAGCUUUAUCUAUCCUCAAAAUAUCGAAUCCCUCUCAACACCCAUGUUUACUUCAACCUCAUAACUCACCUCGAAUCGAACAGCAAACAAGGAGGAUCUGUUAUUAUUUAUUUGCUACAGACCUACUGCGAAAUUCGUGAAACAGAGCGAGGACCCAUUGAUCAAUUUAGUUUCGAAGCUAUCAUCAAUCAAGCACAUGGUGUUGAACCGGAAGAGUCUGACCUUCAAGAAGGAAUCCCUGGAGCUUUUACCGGAGUUACGAACAAAGAUAUCCAAGAUAAUAAUGCCAAGCUACUUUUGGGACCGAUGGCAAUGGAAGAAGAAUUGGCUUCAGAUGUUCGCGCAGAUCUUGAUGAGGAAGAUAGUAAGAACCCGCCUGAGCUCGGUAAACCAUCCUUGAUAGAAUUGUUUGAUCAAAGUAUCAAGCGUGAGGAAGGUGUUGAAGGACCUAACCGCAACGACAUCCCAUACCCUCCUUCUCGUGCUCGGGAUGUCACCAUGGAGGUUCAAAAGAUCAAAGAACAUCGAGAUAGAUUCAAGAUUGAAAGCCGUAAUGGUGGGGUUGGUCCUGCAGUCUCUAUUUGCAUGUUUACUUUCCACAAUACUCUUGAUACGAUCAAUUGUAUCGAAUUUUCCGAUGAUAAUAAUCUGGUUGCUGUUGGAACGGAAGAAUCUUACAUUCGUGUUUGGCAUUUACAUGGCGAACCAUUGCCUAGUGAAACCCCACCAGGUCCAAAUGAUCCGCCACCAUCGAACUCUCGUCGUCUAAUCGGUCAUUCCGCACCUGUAUAUGCCGUGUCUUUCUCUCCUUCGAUUCGAGGUGCAGAUGAAAGUGAUACAGCUACUGCUCCCAAAUUACUUCUCUCAUCUUCCUCGGAUCGAACAAUUCGUCUUUGGUCCCUUGAAGCAUGGGCUUGCCUUGUCGUAUACAAAGGUCAUGAAGGUCCGGUAUGGAAUGUAAAGUGGGGACCAUUUGGUCAUUACUUUUUGACUUGCGGUCAUGAUCGAUCUGUUCGUAUUUGGGGACAAGAUCAUAUUUCAUACCUUCGAAUGUUUAUUGGUCAUGACUCCAAUGUCAAUCAAAUCGCUUGGCAUCCAAAUGGAGCAUAUGUUUUCUCGGCAAGUGAUCAAGCUGAUAAGACUGUUCGCAUGUGGUCUUUUACAACUGGUGAUUGUGUUCGUGUCUUCACUGGUCAUACCGACACCAUUAGUGCUCUUCAAUGCGCUCCUAAUGGAAAGAUUCUAGCAUCUGCAGAUUGUGGUGGAAGUAUCAUUCUUUGGGAUCUUGCAAAGGGAACACAAAUCAAACGUUGCAGAGGUCAUGGAAAAGGUGGAAUUUGGUCUUUAUCAUUCAGUGUUGAAUCUACAGUUUUGUGUUCGGGUGGAGCUGAUGGUACUGUUCGUCUAUGGGAUAUCGAAGUUCCUUCUGAUCCAUACAAGAACACUGAUGGUGAAAUCAUCGGUACUGGUGGACAAGCUGAUGCAACUCGUGUUACGGGUGCCAUUACCGGUGCUCAAGCUAAUCCUACUACUGGUUCUUCCAAGAAGAAGGGUAAGGAAACAAUGAUUACUCCAGAUCAAAUUGUUGCAUUCCCUACCAAGAGAUCACCAGUUUACAAAGUCAUGUUUACAAGAAUGAAUUUGGUCAUGGCUGGAGGAUGUUAUUUACCUUGA